AUGGAAGACAAGAACGAGUUCAUACGCAAAAAAAAUGCAGCUCUGGAUGUAAACAAAAAUGAUUCUAAAAACGAUCUAAUUACAAUAUAUGACGAAUACUCGUGCGAUGUUUGCCACGGAAACGAUGUAGAUCAGUCGAUCAGACGGGCUUUCAAAGUGAACUACUGCAAGAACUGCAAGGGAGGCUUGGAGCUGAUAACACAGACCACAGCAAUAAGCGACUAUCUCCUCAGCAAAGACGACCUGAAAAGGAUGCAGAAGAUGGAAGUGAUAAACCCAAAAAAUGAAGGAUGGAGGCCCAUGCUUCUGUACAGAAAGGAGGACGUGGAAAAAGUUUCAAAGGAAAAGUACGAGAACAUAGAGGAAGAAAAAAUGAACAGAGCAAAAAAAAGAAAAGAGAGAAAACAAAAAACGCUGAAAAAAAAGCUAUUACUGCUGAAGGGAAGCCUUAGACCAAAACUGAAAGAAGAGGCAAGGCACUCCCACAACUUCAACACAGAAGGAAAGUGUGAAUGCGGGAUGGAAGUGGAGCAAGAAGAGAUAUAG